GGAGAGUGAAGAGACCUAUUCAAAAUGGCGGCAACGCUGUAACGCUUUCCGUCGUCGUCGUCGUGGCUUUGCCGUUUUCUUCCGCGGGUCACGUGUUCACUUCCGGCUCGCGCCUGUUUUGGUGCUAAGCUAAGCAGCUAAACUGGAGCUACACAGACAUCACCAUGGAGCUCGUCUCUUCCGUCUGGGCUGAGAACGUUUCUAGGACCGACCUCAUGAGAGGAAUCAUCACCGAGAAGCUGACCACGGCCGCGCGGGACAUCCUAGCGGCCGUGGAGAAGGUCAUUAGCGACUACGAGGCGGAGGCGUCGGGCUUCAGGGAGGAGAUCCAACGGCAGAAGGUCCAGCUGGAGCUCUUGCAGCCUCGGGUCAAAGAGGAGCCAAAAGACAACAUGGAGAUCACCCAGAGCUUUGGGAGCUUCUUCAACACCAAGUAUGCUGUGAAGGAGGAAAUCCACACAAACUUCGAGGGAGUGGAGAGUCAAAGUGUCACGGAGCAGGAUUACGACAUGGAUUCAAGGUUCUCGACUCCAACAUGUCAGACUGAUGUGGUCAGAAGCUUGGACAGUCCCAUAGAUCUCAGGAUCUGCUUCCUAAACGACUGGAAGAUCGAGACCAUUUCAAAGAAAAUGAUGAAAAGCCUACCGUUUCAGCUGCUGCAGUGUCCCGCGGGCCUACAGGAAGCAGAGUUUUUUAGCCUGUUGAGGUCCAGCUUUCCUCUUCUGGCAGCUGAUGGACCCUAUGACUUCUUUGUAACCAACAAAAGCGGGAAACUACAGCUUCUGACAGUGGGGUCCAUGACACCAGAGCAGGUCUACGGGGCUGCCGGGACGUCUGACCUCUACCUCCGACCUAAGCUUCCAGAGAGAGUCCAGGCCCAAGGGGACGAUGCUCCAGCUUCACCCUCCACCAGAUUUGAGGGGAACCUGAGGAAGCGUUCCCAACGCCGGAUCACCACCGAGAGUCUGAUCGACCUGGAGGUCCGCCUGCUGGAGGAGAGCUGCAGCGCUGCUGCCUUCCCACACGGUUGUGAGAAGUUCCAGCUCCAUCAGCUGAAGUGUUCUGCUGGCCUGAAGGAGGAGGAGUUCGUGAAGCUGCUGAAGUCCACCUUCCCCCAGCUGGCUGAAGAUCGACCUUUUACGGUUCUCGCUGAUCAGGGCAGGAGGAAACCUCCUGUGGAAGUAGACCGACUGACCCCAGAGGACAUCUGUAGGAGCUGCUGUUCCACCAAGAGUCCCACCAUCUACAUCCAGCUGGAGGAGACGCCUCCUCAGGAAGGAGCCACUGCUCCUGCGGCUCUCCCUUCCACUUCACACCCAACCACCCCUGAAAUGGAAAACCUGGUGAAUCUGAAGAUCUGCAUCCUGGAUGGACCGUCCUCUGAUGUCACGCCACCUUCUGAGUUUCAGAGUCAACAGAUCAUCGAGCUCCUGUGUCCCAGGAACCUGGGGGAGCUGGAAUUCUUCACCCUGUUGAGGGCCACCUUCCCUUUGCUGGAGGACAAGGACUUUGACCUUCUGACUGGUCACGGCUCAAAAGUGAGUCCGAUCAGAGUAAAGAACCUGACUCCAGAGAAGAUCAACCACAUCACCACUUCUGCCGGGGGUUCUGUCCUCUACGUCCGCCUCCAGGAACAACAGAACGCCCAGGAGAGCGAUGAAGAGGUUCAGUCCAGGCUUUCCCCCACAUACGUUCAAGAGAGCACAUCCACGUCCCGUCAAGAGGACACGGAAGACAACUCGGCCAACCACCGUACGAAGGACGAGACGAGCGCUGCACCUGUGAGAAGGAUGGAGGAGAAACGUGUCCACCGUCCAAACGUCCGCAAGAGCAGGCAGUUGGAGGGCGAUGAAACUGAAGACAGUGAGGACAGUGAUGGUUCAGAUGUACUUACCCGGGUGUCUUCGCACUGCCUGUCUACUGCCUACAAGCCAGAUCGACCCAGGAGCCCGCCUCCCAAGGUGGAGGAGGAAGAACAAGUCCAUCUUUUACACAAGGAUGUGUUGGACGAUGACGAGACAGAGGACAGUGAGGACGGGGAUGAUACCGACUCCGUUUCCACCAGGCUGUCCACUCAGAAGCCUCUGGUGUCCAAUCCCAAAGCAGCGCAAAACCCAGAGCCUGCCAGUGUCAAGGAGGUUCCUGUGAAGGCCAUCAGUCAGGACACCGCUAAAGACGAUGGUCAAGGUAGCCGUAGCACCAGAGAUGGGCCCUCGUCUCCGUCGCCUCCAACGUCUGAUCACAGGUCGGGUCGGAACGAAGGCGUGGAACCGAUGGAGGUGACGGAGAGUGAAGGUGUCACAAACCCAAACGGUCAGGUGCCUCGGCGUUUGGGCUGGUCCUGUCACUUGUGUCGGUUACACCAUGGCACCAAAAGGAUGCUGGUCAGACACGCCUGGACCCACAUCGGGGACGUCAAGCUGCUGUGUGGGGUGUGUGGAGACCAGUCGCACUCUUCACACGCUCUACGGACACAUCUACAGACUCACCAAAAGGUCUUCGCGUGCAAGAUCUGUACCAAGGUGUUCCUGUCCAUCAGGGGCUUCGAGGAGCACAAGGAACGUCACAAAGGUCACACGUCUUCCCACAGGUGCAGAGUGUGCAGCCAAACCUUCACAAACGCGUCAGAGCUGCAGAAACACAAGGAAGUCCACGCCGACGAACCCCAAGGCAAAUGUGAGACCUGCCAAAGGUCGUUCAACUCGAGUCUUAAGCUCAAACUCCACCUGCUGACCCACAAGGGGAUCAAGCAGGGGGAGCCUGGGCCCCAGUAAGCACCGGCGUUGGGUUCUGGUGAACGAGUUCAGCUGUGACGUCUGCAGCAGGAGGUUCUUUCUCCAUAGCGGCGCAGCAGGCGCACACGCAAAAGCACGGCCAGCAGGGGGCAUCCUCCUGAUGGAAAGGCUCCAACGUGUGUGUGAUCCCUUCCACAGGGUCUGAAAACUCUCCAUGAUCUCAAUUAUUUUCUGUGACCGGAAGCCCCGCCCCCUGGCUGAGGCUGGACUGCAGCAUCCGUCUGUUCUGAUGACAUCAUCUGAUCUGUCUGGGUCGGAGGUGGUUAUUUUAGAUAUUUUAUAGCUGUUACAUCCUUCUCCCACCCAGCAGCUCCUUUCAGGAUGUUAGCUGCCGGUUUUGUUCCGAGCCCUCUUGGCUUUGUGUGUCUGGUAAAAACCAAGUCGAGACUUUUUUCAGGAAGUUCGUGUUUGUAGCAGAACCCAAACAUCUGGAUUCCUCUAAGCUUCUGUAACAGGAACCCUAGACUUUGAUCUUCUGAAUCUGAAGCAGUUUUGUUCAACACUGGUACUUCUAUUUUGAAAAUCUAGAACUUUUAGGUGAUGUCUAAUAACUUUUCUCUGUGGAGAAAAUCGGGUUGAUUCAGCAGUUUGCUGUUGUUUCUCCUUUUAGCCUAAAUACCAGACUUAGGAAAAGCUGCUGCUUCAGUCCUGUUAUUUAAACGUUCCGAUUCAUGUAACUGACACGGUUUUAUUAACCAAUAAAUUUGUCACGUUUUU